CUAUUUCGCGUGGAUGGUGUAGCUCUCCGGCAGUCUGCUGGAGCCGCACACACGGAUUAGAGGGCUGCCUCGCGUCAGCCAGCGUCUGAACGGAGAGAGAGAGGAGCAGCAGCCGUCGGUCGGAGAGAGGACGCCUGCAGCAGGAGCAGGAGCAGCAGGAGGACCAGCCUUGGUUGGAUAAUUGUUCUGCUGGAGCCUGACGGAGGUGAAGCACCUCGCCUCACCGAGCCGGAGCAGCACCUGGGGGGGAGGACGGAGAAACCAGAGGCACCGGAGAGCCUCCACCCGGGGAGCCAUGUGAGCGGCGCUCGCCCCUCGGCCAACUUCACACCACUCAACUCCCCCUAAGUGUCUGCCCUCGGAGCUGGGGAGGGACAGCCAGGACCCCCAACCCCUCCCCUCCCCUGUUCUCCCUGCUGGAACCCGCAACACUUUCCAGGCUCUUGUGGAGGGACCCCUAUAGUCACCCCCCCCCACCGGGCUGGAGGCGGCUCCCCAGCACCAUGGAUUACCUGCUGGGGGUGGUGGUGGUGCUGCUGUGCGGGGCGGCAGGAGCGGAGCCCCGGCACAACGUACCCAGACUAAGGCUGUCGUACAAGGAGAUGUUAGACUCCAGCAACCUCGUCACCUUCAACGGCCUGGCCAACAGUUCGAGUUAUGACACGUUCCUAUUGGACGAGGAGCGAGGGCGGCUACUGGUCGGGGCGGAGGAUCACAUCUUCUCAUUUGACCUCAUCAACAUCAACAGAGACUACAAACAGAUUGCGUGGCCGGCGACUCCUUCCAAGAGGGACGAAUGCAAGUGGGCGGGGAAGGACCUUGGGAAGGAGUGCUCCAACUUCAUCCGGGUCCUGCAGCCGUACAACCAGACCCACCUGUACAUCUGCGGCACGGGAGCCUUCCACCCCAUCUGUGCUUACCUGGAAAUGGGAAAGAGGGCCGAGGACAACGUCUUCCGCCUGGGCUCCCAGUUUGAGAACGGCCGGGGGAAAAGCCCCUACGACCCGAGGAUGCUCUCAGCGUCGCUGCUGAUCGACGGGGAGCUUUACUCCGGCACGUCCGCCGACUUCAUGGGCCGGGACUUCGCCAUCUUCCGUACGCUGGGGGAUCACCACCCGAUCCGGACGGAGCAGCACGACUCCAGGUGGCUCAACGAUCCGCGGUUCGUCGGUGUGAACCUGAUCCCCGAGAGCGACAACCCCGAAGACGACAAGAUCUUCCUGUUCUUCAAGGAGAACGCCAUGGACGGCGAGCACGCCGGCAAGGCCACCAUCGCCCGGAUAGGCCAGCUGUGUAAGAACGACAUGGGCGGCCACCGCAGCCUCGUCAACAAGUGGACCACCUUCCUGAAGGCCCGGCUCAUGUGUUCGGUCCCCGGGGUCAACGGCAUCGACACGCACUUCGAUGAACUUCAGGACGUGUAUCUGAUGAGCUCCAAGGACCCGAAGAACCCGGUCAUCUACGCCGUCUUCACCACAUCCAGUAACAUCUUCAAAGGCUCGGCGGUGUGUAUGUACAACAUGGCCGACAUCAGGAGGGUGUUCCUGGGGCCGUACGCCCACCGAGACGGACCCAACUACCAGUGGGUGCCCUUCCAGGGCCGGGUGCCCUACCCCCGACCCGGCACGUGCCCCAGUAAGACGUUUGGAGGCUUUGACUCCACCAAGGACCUCCCGGACGACGUGAUCACCUUCGCCCGGGGUCACCCCGCCAUGUUCAACCCGGUGCACCCCAUCGGCGGGCGGCCCAUCAUGGUGCGGACGGACGUGGACUACCAGUUCUCCCAGCUGGUGGUGGACCGGGUGGAGGCGGAGGACGGCCAGUACGACGUCAUGUUCAUCGGCACAGACAUGGGAACGGUGCUGAAGGUGGUGACGAUCCCCCGAGAGAGCUGGCACGACCUGGAGGAGGUCGUGCUGGAGGAGAUGACUGUUUUCAGGGACCCCACCCCCAUCACGGCCAUGGAACUGUCCACCAAGCAGCAACAGCUGUACCUCGGCUCGGCCCUGGGCGUAUCGCAGAUGUCUCUGCACCGCUGCGAGGUGUAUGGGAAAGCCUGCGCCGAGUGCUGCUUGGCCAGAGAUCCCUACUGCGCCUGGGACGGGGCCGAAUGCUCCAGAUACUUUCCCACCGCCAAGAGGAGAACCAGGCGGCAGGACAUCAGGAACGGAGAUCCUCUGUCCCAGUGCUCCGACCUUCAGCAUCACGACGACGUGGACGGGCUGGGCAGCGUGGAGGACCGCAGCGUGUUCGGCGUGGAGAACAGCAGCAUGUUUCUGGAGUGCAGCCCCAAGUCCCAGAGAGCGUUAAUCUACUGGCAGCUGCAGAGCCCCAACGACGACCGCCGACAGGAGAUCAAGCUGGACGAGCGGGUCCUGCGGACGGACCAGGGGCUGCUGAUCCGCAGCCUGAGCCCGGCCGACACGGCCGUGUACCACUGCCAGGCGGUGGAGCACGGCUUCAUCCAGCCGCUGCUGCGCCUCACGCUGCAGGUGAUCCCGGCCCAGCGUCUGGGCGACCUCCUGCCGGGGCUCCCCGCCGCCGCCGGGGCCGCCGGGGCCGGCCAGGGCCACUCCGCCAAGCACCGGGUCUGGUACCGCGACUUCCUGUCCCUCCUGGACCACCCGGAGCUCAACAGCGUGGAGGAGUUCUGCGACCGGGUCUGGAAGAAGGAACGCAAGCAGAAGAAGGUGAAGACGUCCGGAGGGAAACCCGAUGCCGGGGCUGUUGCCGGCAGCUCCGGGGCCGCCGUGGCGGCGCGGCCCAAAGCGAUGCCCCCCACCGCCCAGAAGCAGCAGGCCGGGCCGUCGCAGACCCGGGCGUGGCUCCAGGCGGGGACUCCCACGGCGGAGGGGCCGACCCGGGGCCAGAACCCGCCGCGGGGCCAAGCCAAGCCGAAACAGGGCGGCCAGGGCGGGCAGGCCCGAGCGGCCGGGCCCGCGGUGGCGGGGGGGGCUCGCCUGAGCAGCCAGCACACGGCCAAGUGGAGGCGGAUGCAGGAGAACAAGAAGGGCCGCAACAGGAGGACCCACGAGCUCCAGAGACCCCCCCGCAGCGUGUGAGGGCGGCCGACCCGCCCGCACCAUCAACACGUAGUCCGAGUCGUGAGUCCAGCCACCUCUUCAUCAAAUAAGUUAGCCCCCCCGAGCCCCCAGCGCAGCUUUCAGCUGAACCGCAUACACCUAGGUCAAAUAAAACCCAUUCAGAGACACCAACGCGCAUCAGGAUCGGAGGAUUAACCUGUAAAUGUGUGCCGGAGUGCCGCCUGGCACGUGCUUCGGCCUCCUGUACAUAAGCUACUAAGAUAAAACCGGGGUGGGGGGGGUUUAGGGUAAGCGAACGAGCUGAGAGGACAAAUGUGGAAGACGUUCGUAGAUCUUCAGACGCAGAAACGAUGCGUUCGCUUGCAACGCAGCGCCCCCUACUGGACCCGAGCAUGUGAACCUGCAUAACGUGGAUUAAAAACUCUUAAACUCUUAUUCUGAGGAAGUGUUUGAGGAGGAAAAGGGGGUGGACACGUGUUCAGACGAGCACUCUUAACGUGAACAAACGUUGCAGAUCAGACGCUCCGCCGUAGCCCCCGCCCCCCCCCGGAGCUGGGAAAAGCAUCAUGCAUGUUGUUGUCAAUCAAUGUUUUAAUAAGCUAAUUAUUUUAUGGAAAAAUCUACAGGCUUUUUAAAAAAAAAAAACGAACAAACAAAUAUUUACUUUCCUUUUUAAACCUGUGCUUUGAUUUUUUUGGUGCAGAAGCAGCAGGCGACAUAGCAGCCGUCAUUGUGCAUAACCCCCCCCCCGCAGCCCAGUUCCUGUGUAACUUAUGUUGCUUCUCUCUCUCUCUCUCUCUCUCUCUCUCUCUCUCUCUCUCUGGGGAUUCGUGGAUUUUAUUUUUUUUUUCCCACAAUUCCGAGCUGAGACUCUGCUAAACUCCCAGUCUGGCCCCAGACUGCCGGUUGUCUUGUGUACAUAUGUACCAACCUAAGUCUCUGUGUAUAUAAAGUACAUAUACAGUACAAGAGCACCACUUGAUUAUUAUUUAUUGCUCAUUGUUUUGUGAAAGGGUUGCAUUUAUUUUUGAUAUUAUGGUAUUUUUGGCUCAUCAGUAUCUGGGGAGAAACGAUGGCAGCAGCAACAAAGACUUUGAUGGACCAACUGGCUGAAACUGUGUCAGAGAAUCUCCUUCUUUUUCUUUUGUUUUGUUUUUGUUUCUUCUUCGGGAUGUGAGGUUUGAUUAUAUUUAGAAGCGUGACUACGGUGGGAGGGGGGGGGGGGGGUCGUGAACCACGUUUUUGACAACGAUAAGCACAAUUUUGUCUCCUUUUGCCAUUCGCAGCGAGCCUGGCCAGCCAUUCCCGCUCAUUCAUCAUCUAAACCUUCCCCGCUCAGCUGUUCAGGGGCCUAUUUACGGUCUCUUUGGGGUAAAAAGGCCAGAGUUCCCCCCCGGGGUGGGUCACCGGUCCCCCACAACGCCACAUAUAGAUGACCUGCAGUCACACUCACUUAUAGCGGCUAUUUAAGGUCCUAAUAAGCUCACCUUCGACCUGGCACUCCCCCCUUUCCACCGGUACAGAAUGUACCGAGCCAUCAGAUAGGGUUUAUGCAGGGACGAUUCAACCAAGAAGGCUGCAGAAAUGCUCAGAUCGGCAAUUUUUGAGC